AUGCCAUCCUCACCACCAUCAACAACAACAACAACAACAACAAAUUAUCAGCGGAAACGAAGUGGAGUAUCGAUCACAAAUCGAAAACGAUUACGUCGAUCGGAUUUAGCUCAGCAUGCGAAAGAUGAACGACAAAGUCGAGCAAUAUUUCCCUCGGAUUCACUGAGAAAAAUCAAUCAUAUUGCAUUACCUAAUGAAAAAAGUCAAAGAACGUUAAUUGAUUCAUUCGUUGAUAACCAUCGGCAAGUUAAAGAUCAAGAUUUCAUCGGUGUCAUUAAUAAAACAUCUUCCGGCGGUUCCCUAACGGCAAUAACUCAUUACGACGAGAGCAAGUCGACUCUUGUCUCGUCGUACGAUAGUGACGAAGAACCCGACAAAAUAAAAGGCAACUUUCCACAAAUUUCACCAACGAUUGUCACACCGUUAAUAACAUCAUCCGAUUUCAUAGCAAAAUCUUCACGUUCGGAUAACAAUAUCAUCAUUCAACAAACAGAUGUCAGGUCCAAUAGUUCAACAAGAUUGAUGAAAUUAACAGUACCACAGUCGAUUAAAAUGCUUUCGAAUACGGACGGACUCUCAUCCGCUUUGCGUAUUCCAACGAAGAUUCAACUGACGAAACCGUUGCCAAUGAUAUCAACACAAAAUGAUCAGCAGUCAACAACAACAGCGGCGAAACAACGAUCGACUGUUGAUUAUCCAUUAACACCACCGCCACCAGUUGUUGAAACGAGAAAAUUGAUUUCGAACGAAUUGAAAACGAAAGAAGACGUGACAAGUAACAUGAAAGGAAAUGAAGAAGUUGAUACAUCAACUCCGUCCACAAAACGCUCCCUCUGGGAUUGGUCUGUUCCACCUACAAGCGAAUUAUCUCCAACGUCAUUAACAUCGUCAUCGCCAGAUCUAUCUCAAAAUCAUUUGACAUCUGAGGAUUCAUUAGUUGAACUCGAUCUGAAAACGAAUCGAUCAGUUAUGAAACGUCGUUAUCGUCCCUUGUCACUUUCAUGUCCGGUUUUACCAAACUUUGCGGAGAAGAGUAAGCCAAUCACUCCGCCAUACAAAUCGAAAUCGUUGUCGCGUAUAACAAAUUCGAUUCAAAAGAAAACUUCCUCACUGAUUACAAAUACGAUUCAACGUUUGAGACGAAAACGAAAAGAUAAUCAAUUCUAUGUGAAACGAUCGAAACCUCGAAUGAAAACUGAACAAGAAAAUCAAUUCAUUGUUCAAGACGUUCUAAACCAAAUGAUUAAACAAAUUGAUGCCGAUCAAGACAAAGUAUCGAAACAUUUGCUAAGCACAACUGCGACCUACUCACUUCGGAAUUCAACUCCAACUAAUUCAGAAUCUCGUUCAUCAUCCCACGAAGUACAUCGAAACAUAAAUGAAGAACAUAUCGAGCAAAUGAAACAGACAAGUAAAACAAUUUCUCAUCAACCUUCAAUAUUAACUCGGGAUGAAACGAUGAACUUAAAUCGUCAAACAUCAACACCACUGUCAUUUCAUUCCAUUCCAUUGUCUUCAGUUGAUGCGGAUGAACAAUCAAUGACAAGUCCGCUUUCGGACCUUUCCAAACCACAUAUAGUCAUUGACAUUGUCAAUGAAUUGAUCAAAGGUGCCAAAGGUUUAGACAAACUUUCUCAUUCGUUAACAACAUUUACGAAUUCAAUUCACGAUUUCGUUCGUUUAACAAACGACAAACAAGCUGACAGAGUCGAACAACUUCAACGAGAAUUAGAAAAAAAAUGUUCAACCCAACUGAACCGUGCGAAUCUUUUCUGUGCACAAAAGAUUCAAUACUUCAUCACUAAGCAUGCAUUGACUUCAUUAUCAGAAUAUGUUGAUGGGAUAAGUUUAAUCGUGAAAUACUUCUAUCUUUAUGUGUUGUCGUUGAACUGUCGCAAACAAGAACUCGAAGUUGAAUCGAUGUUAAACGAUUUGGUCAACGGCAAAUCCACGUUUAUUAAUGAAUCAUUUUGUUCAUCAACACUCACAACAAUUAUUGAAGAUUAUAUUUUGCCAUCAUCAUUAGCGAGUGACUAUCUUCUCUCUCAACCAUUGAUUAUCGAUCAAAAAGAAUGUUCCUUACCAUUCGUCCGUAAUCCCGAAUACGAAAAUGAAUUGUUAUAUACGAAUGAUAUCGGUUUAACCAGUGAUCUUUUUCCGGAUUUAGAAGAUUAUUUAAAACGUUGUGAAAAUACAUCAUCAACCAUUCCAACACAUCCCACUCAACAACCGUCAACUUAUUAUCCAACCUAUUCUCAUUCUUCAUCAUCAGUUCAGUAUUAUCCAUCGGCAAGUCAAUCAACAAACAUGACAUCUUAUUAUUAUUCGCCACCACCACCACCAUCUUAUGCGUAUAAUCAUCUAUCACAUUAUUAUAAUUCCUUGCCCGCAUAUGGAACAGCAUAUCAUCCAAAUGAACAGUAUAAUUAUUAUUAUAAUCAACCAACAUCUUAUACAUAUUCACAUUCGAACAGUACAAACGACAUUCCGCUUGUGAAUAGCCAUCCGGCAUAUCAACGAAUGAAUUCAAAUGUUCAAAGAAAAUACAGUAACUAUUCAUCUUUGGAAGCAUCAAGAGCGUCGGUUGGAUUUGAUAAUUGCAAUAGUGAAACCACCCAGUAG